CUCUUGGGAAACUCUGAGCUGCCUCCUUUUCAAUCACCCCGAUUGUCGUGGCCAGUCAGUCCCCGGUGCCCUGAAGUUUAGGAGUGAACUGAUUUUUAAUUUGUUUCUGCCUAACCUUAGCCAUGAGUACCGAAUGCGCGCAGCCCAUUUUCGCCACAGGCGAGAACUGCAAGCCGGUGUGGACCGACGCGAAUGCCCAGUACAACCAGGCUGAUACCCACCUCGAGAUCAUGGGGAAGCCGGUCAUGGAGCGAUGGGAGACCCCCUACAUGCACUCGCUCGCCACGGUAGCAGCGUCCAAAGGGGGCCGCGUGCUGGAGAUCGGGUUCGGAAUGGCUAUCGCUGCCACUAAGGUGGAGUCAUUCCCGAUCGAGGAGCACUGGAUCAUCGAGUGCAACGACGGAGUGUUUCAGAGGCUGCAGGACUGGGCCAAGAAACAGCCGCACAAGAUCGUACCACUCAAAGGAUUGUGGGAAGAUGUGGUGUCAACCCUACCUGACGGCCAUUUUGAUGGUAUUCUUUAUGAUACCUACCCUCUGUCUGAAGACACCUGGCAUACACACCAGUUCAACUUCAUCAAGGGCCACGCUCACAGGCUGCUGAAGCCUGGCGGUGUCCUCACCUACUGUAACCUCACCUCCUGGGGAGAGCUGCUCAAGACCAAAUACGACAACAUAGACACUAUGUUCCAGGAGACGCAGCUGCCUCGGCUGCUGGAGGCCGGCUUCAAGAAGGAGAGUAUAAGCACCAGCCUGAUGGACAUCUCCCCUCCUUCUGAGUGCAAGUACUACUCCUUCCACAAGAUGAUCACCCCCACCAUCCUCAAACAAUAAACCCUCUUCACCUGCCCAGCAAAACGAAGCCAAAUCUGCUCUGUGGCACCACGCAAACAGGAACAUGUGCUUAUGUGUGUGUGGGGGGGGGUUGCAUCUAUAAACAAGCUGCAAAAUAAGAGCUAAAAGGUCCAUUAGAACCCUCUCAAGAGGUCUUAAUGGCUACAGCAGUAGAUCUUGUACAGUAAUCCAGUUCCACAUCUUGCAUUUGCAUCUUCUCUAGCACCCUGUGUCUAUAUAUGAAACCAAGUAGCAACUAUACUGUCACAGAAAACAAGUUAUCGAAUCAUAAGAUCACGUUCCUACUUGUGGGGUUAUCCCAUGCAGUGCUUGCGUGAUUAAACAGUAACCCAGUAAUCACUCUGUGACUGGUGAACCAAUAAUUACAACCUUUUCAAACCCCCUUUACCUCUGGAAUCUUCUGUUUCUAACACUUGUACUGCAUUUUACAACCACUGUAACUAAUCCAUCAUUAAUCUGUACAAAACUGCACAGGGCUUAUUAGUGUUGCUUAGUUCCAGGCCAGCAGUGAGGUGCUAACUGUUGGAUGUUGAGUUUAACAGCUGGUUUCCCAGACUAACGCUACUCUGGGACUACUGGUAACUUUUGGUAGUCUGAUGUUAGUGCUAACCAGGGCUGUGAAACCAACCAACGAGUAGCUCAGGACAAAUUCUCAGGCAUUAGACUUGUGAAUUAAUUUCCUGCCAUUCUUCUUUUGAAAUAAAUUAAAUCCACUCUUAAAAAAUAAAUGGAUCCUAAUUAUUAGGGAAAUGGAGAAGCUCUAGAAUACACUACAAACUCUUCUGGGUUUCAAUUCAAUUCCCUGUUGCGACUUUUCUUAAACAGUUUGGAAACUUACAAAAAAUAAUAAUAAUAAUAAAACAAAACAUUAAUAAGAUCAUGCAGGGAGGUGUAACAAAUAAUUACUUUCCCUGCACUCCUCAACUAAAGUCUUGAUAAGCUUUCGCACAAUGAAAGUUGCACUUUGUGUAGAUCUUUUUCAGACAGACUUGCCAGCAGGUUUAACGAUUAUGGCCUUGAACGGCUUACCCUGGCUAUCUAUAUCAAAUAAACAACAGAUACAGCAGCUGCUGUGUGUGUGUCAAGAUAUUGCUUCAUGAGAGGUUGUACAGAUGUUGCAUAAGUUCUAUUUCUUGGAACUUUGUGUAGUCACAUCAUUUUUUUUUUCAGAGCUCUGGUCACUUAAAGGUAUUAACAAAAAAAAAAUUGGUAUAGCACAUAGUCUUCAUUAUAAUAAUAAUAAUAAUAUAUUUAAUGUAUUACUCAACAGGACUGGCACAUGUCCAAUAAUAAACACAGUUGUACUGACAGUAUGGAUAAUGUACACAGCGCCUCCCUGUGGCAAAGUUGUUCAUAAAUAAAAGUUGAAUCCAGG